AUGGAACGGCCGCGCCCCAACUUCAUCGAGCUACCCCGAACCGACUCCCGCACUCAAUCGUCUUUGAGUAAUGGAUCGGGUCUCAUCUCACCACGAAUCCAACACUUCGAUGGCGAUAUCCCACCUGCACUUUCGCCGCUCGAUGCCUUCGCUGCACAGAGCAGGCGCCUCGCAAGAGAGCUUGAAGAGACAAGAAAGGCCGGCGAGCGUCGCAUGAGCAGACUCCCUCCUCAAGUCGUUAGCAAGUCGCUCGAUGAACACCACAAAAACAAGCCUCAGAUCUUUCGCGCCCUGUCCAGCGAGGAUGCUGUCCCUCAAAUUCCUCCCGCCUUUCGACAAGACAGCGGCAGCAGUCCUCAUGUCGAAGAACCCAAAGAAAGACCACAGUCCUCCUACCCCAGAUUCAGCGUCUUGCCGACAAGAGAAGGGAGUUAUGAGAGCCAGCCUUUUAUGACACCUGUGGAAGAAAUGCCUGCGGGACGGGAAGACUACUUCAAUGUGCCCCGAGCAGAGUCGCCUGCGUCCCUCCAUCGUGUUGCCGCUGAGGGGAGCCCCGAUAAGAGGUUCAAGCAUCUAGACUCCGUUGAGACUACACUGUCUCGACAGCACUCAUCUGCUUCCAACCCGGACCUGACUUUCACCCUUGCUCCUCCCAAUGCUGCCUUCGCUCGUCGACCAUACCACGAGAGCUCCGACGACGACUACACGAGCUCUAAUGCCGGCUCAACCUUCUCCCAAAUCCCUCGAAAACUGUCAUCUAGUAGCGGAGUCUCGAUUCCACAUUCGCCCGCAUCGGCGUACGUGCCUUCACACGAUCGAUCGCCAUCCUUGAACUCCAACAACUCGCUACCUCUUUCUGGCGGAGGAAGCCGAAAAGGCCGGUUUCCGCUGAACUUUUCUCGACCUAUGAGCUCAGCUAGUCUGACCAAUCUCAAAUUGGGCUCUCCCGCCUCGCAAGAUGGAGAGCGUGGUAUCUCAGCGUUCGACCAGGGUCUACCAACGCCUUCGAACUCGUUCGACGAUACCCGUUCAAUUGUUUCUGAGGGAUUUGCAGGCGAGUCUUCGUCAUAUACACAUACAAAAUGGACUCUGCCCCGUGGUCGCAAGUCCGACAGAACUUCAUCUCUGUUCUUGGGCUUGUCCGGGCCCCACUUUGAGUGGCACGAUCCCAAUCAGCCUGGUACACCACCGGCCGAUGGGAGGCCGAGCUACGAAUUACCUCAUGCUUCUCCUGGCAUCUCCAAACAGGCGGCCAAAGCAGAAAAACCCGAGUUUGCUUUUGGGUUCGAUUCAGAUAGACCGAGGGCCUUGAGCAAUCAGGAUAGGAGACCAAGCUCUUCGUCCGGAGUUGCCAAUUCCUCAAGUGCCGCUUCAAGUUCCACCGUCCGUCCAAGGACUGCAACCACACCAGGAAAACCUUUUGAGCCACCACCGAUCCCGAAUGACGAGGUCUCGCGCUCUUCACGCUCAAACAGCACAGUCCGGCCAUCUACUUCGCGGUCAACGAGCAACUAUCAGGCUCUUUCGCCUGAUGAUCAUGUCACCAAAGCCAUUGACUUGCACCAGAAUGGUGAUUUGAAGGAAUCUACAUACCACCUCCGAAUCGCUGCAAAGUCUGAUCACCCAACCGGCAUGCUAUUGUAUGCUCUGGCCUGCCGCCAUGGCUGGGGCAUGCGUCCAAAUCAGCAGGAAGGUGCCACAUGGCUGCGAAAGGCCGUAGACCAUGCAAUGCUCGAAGUUGCAGAUGACGAAGAUCCCAAAUCGACCAAACCCAAGGCCGACUUGGCGGAAAUGAAGGCGCACAAAGCACAGUUCGCACUGGCGAUAUACGAGAUAGGCCAAUGUCAUCUGAAUGGCUGGGGUAUGGAGCAAGACAAAGCACUUGCACUGCGGUGUUUCGAGAUUGCCGGCAACUGGGGUGACACUGAUGCUCUGACCGAAGCCGGAUACUGCUACGCCGAAGGCAUCGGCUGCAAGAAGAAUAUGAAGAAGGCCGCCAAAUUCUACCGUAUGGCAGAGGCAAAGGGCAUUAGCAUGGUUGGCAACAGCUGGAUCCACAAGGACAAAUACAACGACGACGAUGACGGUCAUGGUCGCAAGAGUCGCGACAAAGACCAAGCAAAGGAAGAGAAGAAGUCGCGGGCUCGCAGCAAGAGCCGAACGCGCUCCAUAUUCACGAGAAAGCGAACUGUGACGUAA